AUGAUAGGCGGAGAUGGAGGAUCCAAGGACAGUUCUCUGCAGGAACUUCCCGUCGUACCAAUGUCCGAAGAAACCGGGGAAGUAGUUGAGAGGCUGCUGCAGUUGUGUUACCCCAUCAAGCAGCCUGUCUGGGAAUCCCUGACAGAAUUACAACCCGUCCUAGUCGCCGCGGUCAAAUACCAGUUCGAAGCAUUGGUGGGGUCUUUGCGGAAAGAGCUUGUCUGCACGGGACACCUGCAGAGCGAAUCCUUGCGUGUCUUCGCGGUAGCCUGUCGCCUGCGGCUCGCUGACGAAGCACGCCUCGCUGCAAGACACACUUUAGCGCAGCUCCUAGGCGACAAGCCAGCGACACCGGAGAUGCAGUAUAUCUCGGCUCUUCCAUUGCAUCGGCUCAUCGAGUACCGCCACCGGUGCAGCUAUGCUGCGAGAUACCUCACACUGUCCCCAGGAACCGAAUGGAUCCCAACCGAUGAGGCUUGGAUAUGGAUCCAAUGUGGCGGGAAAUGUCCUCGCAAACACAGCAAGCGCUGCGGUCUAUCCGUCGCACGUUGGUGGAUUGAAUACAUGAAAGACGCGUGUAUUGCCCUCGAGAAAAGACCUUGUGGCGCAUCAGUGACGGCGCAGUCUACACUCAAGGCUUCUCUGAGGAAAGCUUCCAAAUGCAAGAUUUGCAAAAGUAAAGCGCCCGAGGACCUGCAGCGCUUCAGUCAGUUACUCGGAGUAAAAAUUGAAGAAGCAAUAGACGAGGUGAACAACUCGUACUAG